UGUUGCUUAUAAGACGCUGAUAAUAUACAUACGUUGAUGAAUUUCAGAGAAUUGGGCUAGUAGUCUUCGAGUACUAUACAUUCGGAACGUAAAACAACAACAACAACAACAACAACAACAACAACAACAACAACAACGUAAUUAAUGUAUUUGUUUGGAACUGAAUUGAUGUAGCUAGCUAUUUUUUCUUUUUACGUUGGCCAGUGACUUUAGCUAGUUAGCUAUUCCUCAAGGAGUUUGACUGACGAGUCUGGACUUCAUGGUGUUGUUGUUUCCACCGAAGCGGGAGAACAUGAGUGGUGGACAGGAGACGUUGUUGGAUGUAAUCGAACAGAGUUUAUUUACUCUAACCGAAGACAAUUUACUUUACCUGUGUGAACACUGGGGAAUAGAUGCGUCCAAAGUUAAAGGGAAGCACCAUCGCUCAUUGCGCCGUAAAAUAAUGGAAGAAAUGUGGAAAAAUGCCGAUUCUGUGAAAUCGGAGGAGCAGGCAAUGUCUUGGUUACUCCGACUGAAAGAAGACAUCGGGAAGAUAAAGGAAGAAACUAGUUUGGCCCCAAUGAUUCCUAGUGAGUCUGAUGAUCAUGAUAAUGACGGAAAAUCGGUUAUGGACGACAAGGACUGUUUUCCUAGCAACGGGUUGGAGGCGGAGGCAGCUCCAGAGAGGCCCACACCAGAUUGUGUGGUUAUUGUCCCGGACAAGCCUCCUUUACCCCCCUCCGUUGACGAGUCCCCGGGCUGUGUUUCCCUCAGUGGUGUCUUACUCAAGAGGGUGUCUGUGCGCCUGGACGACUGCAGGAAAGCACAGUGUGAAUCUACAAGACCAGGAGACAAGGAGGAAGGGGGAGAUUUCACCGCUGAACAACACUCUAAAAAGCUACAACGGAGAGGUACAUGGAAGAAACCUCAUUGUUGCUCUGACUGUGGGAGGAGUUGCAACACCUCAUCAGAACUAAAAAAACACCUGAGAAUCCACACGGGAGAGAAACCAUAUAGCUGCUCCCAGUGUGGGAAUCGUUUUGCUCAGUUGCAUAACCUGAAAGUACACCAGAGAAUACACACAGGAGAAAAGCCUUAUGUCUGUGAUCAAUGUGGGAAGAGUUUUCCUCAUUCAAGCCAAUUUAAAGUUCACUUGCGUAGACACACCGGAGAGAAGCCAUAUAACUGUUCACAGUGUGUUAAGAGCUAUACCCAGUCAGCAGCCUUGAGAGUACAUCAACGAACACACACAGGGGAGAAACCUUAUACCUGCACAGACUGUGGUGUGAGUGUUAGUUCCUCAAGUCAUCUGCGGUCCCAUAAGCGAACACACACAGGACAGAAGCCAUAUGGCUGUGUAGUGUGUGAGAAAAGUUUUAACACAAAAUGUAGUCUGAAAUUACACCAGCAAAUACACAGUGGUGGUACAAAUUUCAGCUGUGAUCAGUGUAAGAAGAGUUUCACCUCAUCAGCAGACCUCAGAACUCACCAGAGAAUCCACACCGGAGAGAGAACUCACCUCUGCUCUCGGUGUGGGAAGUGCUUUCGUCAAUUGUCUGGCUUGAAAAGCCAUGAAAGGAUUCACACGGGAGAAAAACCUUUCCAGUGCUCCUACUGUGAGAAGAUGUUCAGCCACCGGGCCACAUUUAAAGCACACCUGCGGACACACACUGGAGAGAAGCCUUACAAGUGCUCCCAGUGUGAAAGGAGUUUUUCCCAAUUGGGCCACCUAAAAGUACAUCAACAGUCACAUGCUAAAGUCAGGUCUUACCUCUGCCCACAGUGCGGCAAAGGAUAUUACUCAUUAGACAUCUACAAUGCACACAUGCGAACGCAUAAUGGGGAGAAAUCUCACCAUUGCUCCAGUUGUCCGAAGAGCUUCCUCACACUAACACAGCUCAAAACACAUCAGCGGACACACACAGGAGAGAAACCAUAUUUCUGUGACCAGUGUGGGAAGAGCUUUGCAGAAUCUGGAAGCCUGACUCUACACCAACGGAUGCACACAGGAGAGAAACCUUACCACUGCUCUCUGUGCGGAAAGUGCUUUGCUCGCUCUGGGUCCCUAAAGAAGCACCGCCUCACACAUACUGGGGAGAAACCUUAUAGCUGUGAUCAGUGUGGGAAAAGGUUUCCCAGGUCAGACACACUUGCAACACACCAGAGAACUCACACAGGAGAGAAACCCUACCGGUGUGAUCUGUGUGGUGAGAGGUUCUCCUAUCCUAGGUGCCUAGUGAAACACAUGAAAACACAUGUCGGUGAUACGACCGCCCUCAAUCAACCAAUCACGCUUGGUCUAGGGUUUGAAUAACCUCAAUCAACCAAUCACACAAAGCCAAAGGUCUAAAUAAAACAUAUUUUAAAUAUGUACACCGUAGAGAUGGAUAGAGGUCUUGCCUGGAAAUAAACAUCACUUGAUCAGUAGUUUUUCAAUCUUGGACGCAACUAACAUUGUACAACAUUCAAAGUGCAGAUAGAGGGAUUGUGGGAAUUCAGCUUGAUGAAUGGCUUUGUAAGCUUUGUGUAAUUGAAAUGCAAAUGUUACCUGUCAUCCUUGAGAAUUGGAAUAAACUAAGCGAGUGGGGUCUGAUUCAGGCUUUUUUGGUCAGAGAUUAUGCCUAAUGGACAGUUAAUAAUAAUUGUAAUAUUUGUAUUACUAUUCCGUUGCCUAGUCCAGUGGUUCCCAACCAGGGGUACUAGGACCCCUGGGGGUACUUGGCCUCUCCAUAGGGGGUACCUG